CGAGAUUGCUCUGGAAAAGAUUCGAUGGCGGAGAUGCCACGGCACUUAUCGAAGAUCUUUCUCAGUUGACCAUCGAUGAAAAGUGUCUUUUUAGCCGCAGCAAGCGGACGAAUUGGUUUGUCGUCCUCGCCAGUAGCUCGAGUAGCCUAUCAACCUGAAUAAUACGCGAAUGAGGGAAGGAUGGUCCAGUAUUGGUAUGGUACAUUUCUUAAAUUAGAUGAUCAUUCCAGCUCCGUUCUUGCUCACCCGUGAGCGGAGUAUGAAGUAUCGCUAUGAAUUAGGCCUGGGACGGGAUGGAUCCACCCGACGGAUCGGAUCAUUAUCCGGAUGUCAUACCGAUUUCUUCACACUAACCUCCGCUCGCCAGUUUCAAGAUGAAGAACAACUAAGCGAGAUAUUCCUUCAUAUUGUGAUACUGAGGACUGUGAAAUGGCAAUUGUGGCAUCCCACACAAGAACGCAAAACACCAAGCAUCGUAGAUCGAGGCGGGGCUGUCGGAACUUGUGACGAGACGAGACCACACUGUCAAAGCUGCCGCAAUUAUGGAGUGUUAUGCAACUUCAAUAUAAAUAUACCCGACCUGCAGCUGUCAGCUGAAGCACAGCCUCAAAAAGUGCCAGCUAGCAGUAUCUUGGGUACGCGAAUGGCAUUAAGAACGCCGUGCCCGACUCCAAGGGUGACUAUCGUUAGCGCCAUUGCCACUCAAACGUCUACCGCCUCUUUUGAACUAGAUUCGAAACGUAUCAAGCUUCUUCACGAAUUUCGCCACUGUAUGGCCCCCGGUUGGGGAGGCGCUAUGGAUGGAUCAUUGCAACUGGCUCAUCAAUAUCCCUUCCUCAUGCACGCCGUGCUGGCAGUUGCCAGUGCUCACGAGCGCUAUCUUAUGUCACCGCGCAAGAUGCUCCCACAUCGGACACUGUCCGAGCUAUCCCACUUCUCUCAAUCCACCACUCUUAUGCGAAGACAGCUGUGCAAGUUGAUCCAACCACAUGACAAGGAUGCGCUCUGGGCCACCGCAGCACUCUAUAAUGUCCUUCUGUUCCUCGCGGUGGAUGCACCGAGCCUCGAAGAAACCUGGCCGCUCAAGGAUACCAGUACCUGUGACCUGGACUGGCUCUGGAUGAUGGAUGCGAAAUGGACAUUAUGGAAUCUUACCGACCCGCUGCGGCCGGAUAGCAUAUUUCGAUGUCUGGCCGACGUAUACGCUGACUUGCGUAUCCAUGUCCCACCGAACGGUGUUUAUGACAUCUCUCCCUCCCUAGUCAAACUGUGUAGUCUUCAUGAGCAGUCUAGCGCCAAGUCCAAUCCAUACUUUGACGCCGUACACGCAAUUUCCCAGCUGGACGGUCCAGGGGAGAGCCGCACGAAUCUCACGAAAGUCCUUGCUUUUAUAAGCUGCAUGUCGCAGCCCUUUAAGUCUCUGAUCUUGAGUAAGGAUGCACGGGCACUGCUGCUGCUAGUACUAUGGUAUAGCAAAGCUGGUCGAUCUGUAUGGUGGAUUGAGAUGAGAGCAAGAGUAGAACGCCAGGCGAUAUGCGUCUACCUCCGACGAUAUCAUGGAGAUGAUGCUAUGAUUCAAGAGCUUCUUCCUUGCGAAUAA